UACGAUGGCUAUAAAGAAAAAAAAGCUCUAAUAAAAAGGCCCAGCUACUUUAUGUUCGAUAUGGUAGACGACUGCGAGGAAAACCCAUAAAAUUACUAGUAGCAAAACUCGCUGCCCCGCUGACUCCAUUACUCACUGCUUCUCAUUGCAAAGCCAACACUCUUCCAUCAGCUUCCAGCUCCUUCAAGCUCCCAAAUAUUCAGACAAAUUUUAAGAGAGAGAGACACUCUAUGCUGCUCUGCUCCUACUAAAAUGAUAAAUUCAUUGGUUUUCCCUAGGCCUAGCGAAGCAUUUAAGUUCGCUUCUACGAGAUUUGACGGGUCAAGAAAAUCCAAAUACAGCAAACCCAGGAUGGAGCUAACCCUAACUCAACCUGAUGAUUGGCAUCUUCAUCUCCGUGAUGGUGACCUUCUUCAAGCUGUUGCUCCUCACAGUGCAAAGCACUUUGGAAGGGCAAUAAUAAUGCCAAAUUUGAAGCCUCCUAUUACCACUACUGCUGCUGCUGUUGCUUAUCGAGAAUCAAUCUUGAAAGCAUUACCUGCCGAUAGCAACUUCACUCCUCUAAUGACACUUUAUUUAACAGAUACAACCAGUCCCAAUGAGAUCAAGCUCGCUAGAAGGAGCGGAGUUGUCUUUGCUGUUAAGUUAUACCCUGCUGGUGCCACCACAAAUUCUCAAGAUGGUGUUACUGAUCUGUUUGGGAAAUGUCUACCAGUUCUUGAAGAGAUGGUUGAGGAAAACAUGCCGUUACUGGUUCACGGUGAGGUCACAGAUCCUGAUGUUGAUGUUUUUGAUCGUGAGAAAGUGUUCAUUGACACUGUUUUGCAACCUUUAAUUCAAAGGCUUCCAAGACUAAAGGUUGUGAUGGAACAUAUCACCACUAUGGAUGCUGUUAGAUUUGUUGAGUCCGGUGAAGAAGGAUUUUUGGCUGCAACUGUCACGCCACAACAUCUUAUUCUCAAUAGAAAUGCUCUCUUCCAAGGAGGAUUGCAGCCGCAUAAUUACUGCCUUCCAGUACUCAAAAGAGAAACCCACAGACAGGCUAUUGUUUCAGCUGUGACUAGUGGAAGCAAAAGAUUUUUCCUUGGAACUGACAGUGCUCCCCAUGAGAAACAAAGAAAAGAAUGUUCUUGUGGUUGUGCUGGAAUUUUCAACGCCCCUGUUGCAAUUUCACUAUAUGCCAAGGUCUUCGAGGAGGCAGGUGCGCUUGAUAAAUUAGAAGCAUUUACAAGCUUCAACGGACCAGACUUCUACGGUCUCCCAAGAAACACCUCAAAGAUUAAAUUAACGAAGGCUUCAUGGAAGGUUCCAGAUUCUUUAUCGUUUUCUUUUGGCAAUAUCAUCCCUAUGUUUGCAGGUGAAACACUUGAGUGGCAACCAUGUGUUGGGGAAAAGGCCGAGAUGUUGAAUGAAGUUCAAGAGGUAGGGGCUAAUAAGGGUUAAGCAUAUCCCUACUUGGAAUUUCAUUCAGCUCUAUCGUUAGAGCCUAAGGUGAGAUUCAAUCUUUAGUGCCUAAUUUGGUUGGUUAAUGUAACAACAUUAGAAUAAACUUAUUUAGUACAUCAGUGCUAAAAUAAGUGAUCGUAACAUCAAUAAUAAAAACAGUCCAAUCUUUGAUAGCCAAA